UUGGGUGAUCCUCUGAGGUUGCGUUCAGCUCUGAGUUGGAAGAGCGUUACGUUUCGCAUUCAGAUGACUUCACACCCAAUUCCCUUGUUGUUUGAGCCGUAAGAGUCACUCGCCUGUGGGAGAGAUAGAUUGAAACAACGCGAUGGAGCCGAAGACGAGCGGGCGGUCGCCGAGGGAAGAGGGAGAGCUGGAAGACGGCGAGAUAAGUGAUGAUGAGAACGAUGACAAGCCGCCUAUUUUUUUGGACCAGAGGCCUAACCGUGGCGCCCGGAGCGGCAGUGGCUCUGGUCGCCCCGGCCAGGCCUUUAAACCUUCAUCCUGGCCCCCUCACGAAUACCGCAUGAAAAUGCCCUUCAAUAGAGGGCAGCCGCUACUCCCUCUCCCACACCCCCAGGGGGGCUACAGGCCGGACUGUGGGCCUGUUGGACCGGAAAGGCACAGUUCGGGCCCGCCAUGCGAGCCCAGUCCCCGCUCGAGCUUUUGGGAGAGGAGCCACAGCGCAUUGGGCCGUUUCAAUCACCGAGGCAGGCCCUUCCGAGGACGCUUCAUUAGAGGCCGGGAUGACUGGGGAGAUCGAGGAUUAGGGAAGCCUCCCCUGGGACGACCUCCUUUCCAGGGAGGUGGCAGCAAAAAGGAAUCUCCUUCCAGAAAACCAAAAAUAAGGACAUUGGUGAGGUACACAACGGUGAAAGCUGAAAAUGGAAUCCAAGAAACAUUUGAGGACCUGCUGAGGAAAUACAAGCAAAUUCAGGAUAAGCUGGAAUGCAUUAAUAAGGAGGAAAGAAUAGCCCAGGCCUCCAAGGAAGAGUUGCCACCGGCUUUGAAGGAAUUGCCAGCAGCUACCCAACAGGUUUUGCCAUUAGAUAACAGUGUUCAAGAGAAGGAGCGGGAAGCUGGUACUGCUGGCAGCCCUCAAGAAGAGCUCAUACCUGAAAAGCGACAAGUAAAGGCGUUUCAGGCUUUUAAUCUGAAACCACUUAGACAGAAACUUUUGACUCCUGCCGAAAGGGAUGAAAGAAACAAAGCAACUAUAUUGGAGGAGCCUUCUGAGGAGAGUCCAGCUGCUUCAUCUGAGCCUUCCUGCACUGCUAAAGGUGAGGAAGAAAAUCGGAAUGUUUCAGGUGCAAGCAGCAAAGAAUCCAGCAGCAAAGACUUGGAUGAUAUUCCCGAAAAGGUCACCAAAGAGGAUGACGAUGAACUCUCAGAGUUGCAGCUACGUUUGCUUGCUUUGCAGUCUGCCAGCAAGAAGUGGCAGCAAAAGGAACAACAAGUUUUGAAAGAGAGCAAAGAGAAGCUGACCAAAUCUAGACCUGUUCAGCAAAAGAGCAAAACUGUCAGCAAAAGCACUCAGAGUAAGAAGAGCAACAGUACUGGUUGUGUGUCAAAGCAAGCACGGAGGAAGCAGCAGGUCCGCACGUGGAAACUGCAGCAGCAGAAGGAACAGGAGAGGUGCCAGUGUGAAGCAGAGGAGAAAAGGCGCACUGAAGAAGAAGAGCGUAGAAAGCGAGAAGAUGAGAUUAGAAAAAUCAGAGACCUAUCUAAUCAAGAUGAGCAAUACAACCGCUUCAUGAAACUAGUCGGAGUGAAAAGGAGGUCUAGGAGUAAGUCUUUAGAUGUAGAAUACAGAAAGCCUCUGAAUAAACAAGGCACUGACAUUUCUGGAAGCCUUUAUCAAUAUGAUAACUACGAUGAGGUUGCAAUGGAAACCGACAGUGAAAACAAUUCACCAGCAUCUUCACCAGCACAUAUGCACCCUGUUGACCUACCUUACUUUCUUCAGUUGUCACAUUAUCCUUCUGGAUUUCAUCAAAAUAAUAUGGUCAUGCAAUCAAUUGGCCAAGGCUACCUAGACUCCUUGACUAUUUCUUCUGAAAUUCCACCACCAUUGCCGCCUCUUCCUCCAGAUGAGCCAGAGCAACCUCCCAAACCUCCAUUUGCAGAUGAAGAGGAGGAAGAGGAAAUGCUGCUCCGUGAAGAACUGCUCAAGUCUCUUGCUAAUAAACGAGCAGUCAAACCAGAGGAAACUUCUGGCAACAGUGUCCCUCCUUCCCCACCAAUGACUGUUGCAGCACAGAUGAUGCAAAGAAGCAACUUAUCAGCUGUUAGCAUAAACACAGUUCCUCAGUCACGUCUCUCUCAUAACAAGUUUCCCAGAGGACCUGCAGCACCAAGGCAGUUGCUAAUGCUUCCCAGGCAUAAAACAGUGGUUGUACAAUUAAAUGAUUCAGAUGACAGUGAAUCGGAUGGUGAGAACGCAAACACUAAGCAAUCAGUAUUUGGAGGACUGGAAUCCAUGAUAAAAGAAGCAAGAAGAACAGUUGAAGCUUCCAAACCAAAAGCUCCUUCCAAGUCCGAGAAAGAGAACAACCCAGUCAAGACUCCGGAGAUCCUGCCUGAUGACAAGAAAAAUGAAUACAGGUUGUUGAAAGAGGAACUUGCCAGUCGAGAGAAACAACGUGUAUUGAAAUCAGAGCAGUCUAAAGGUAUUUCAUCACCUGCAAGUUCAGAUGCAGAAGCAGAAAUGGUUGGACGCAGAGUGGCGUUUGCUAGCAAGUAUGUAGCUGAAGUUCAGAGCAAGUUGGAAAAACACAGGAGUCUGUUACUAAAAGAUGAAUUAGUUCUUAAGAAUCUGAUUCAGCAGGAGCUGAAGAAAAAGGAGUCACUUAAAGUAUCUGAGUCUAAAUCAGCCAAGCUGAAGGAGCAAUUGCUAGCAAAUGAAAAGAUUGUCAAUGCAAAUAGAAUAUUUUUAAAGAAGCUUCAAGAACAGAUCCAAAAAGUGCAGCAUAGAGUAUCGGUAAAGAAAAAUCACGCUGUAAAACUGGCAAAGGACCUUGCUCAGGCUAAAGUAGCAGCUGGGCAAAAGCAAGGAAAACGUAAAAAUGAAAUUAAUUCCAUUUCGCCUAAUAAAGUUCUCCGGUUGGAUAACUCUCUUACUGGAAGUCCAAGAAAGCAGUAUUCACAGCUGAUUGCCCAAGAAAAGCGAAGGCUGCAGCAACUGGAACUAGAGUAUGCCUUGAAAAUACAGCAGCUGAAGGAGGCUCAAAUGCUUCGAAACAAGGAAGUACUUGAGAAUGUAACCACUGUAGUAGAGGAAUCUCUCCAAGAAUACCCCUCAUUUCAUGAACUGCCUCAGCCUUCCCUCCAUGAUCUUACUCAAGACAAGCUUACUCUAGACAGUGAAGAGAAUGAAGUUGAAGAUGAAGUAUUAUCUCCCUCUGUGAGGGAGAGGCGACGUUCGUUUAGGGAGUCCAGCAGCUUCACAAAACCUAACCUUAAACAUCCAGAGACACCAGCAAGUAAAGAAAGCUUAAACAAACCAGUUAAAAAGGCAGUGGAGGAGCCAGAGCUUUUCCUUGGUUUGAAUAUUGAAGAUCUGCAGAAGCUUUAUAAAGAAGCAGAUUGUGUGAAAGAACUCUUUGAGAAGACUACAGCAAUGAUGUUAGUCCCUGCUAAAGGUUCUGCCUCUGGCCAGGAGAUACAAGUGGAUUUGGAUGCAGCAUCUCAACCAGCACCUCGCAGUGAACUGAAGCCAUCACCAUUUGGACAGUAUCACAGCCCUCUUUUGGCAUUUAAAUCUUACAGAUUCAGUCCAUAUUUCCGGACGAAGGAGAAGCUAUAUCUAAGUUCUGUUUCCUAUAGCAAUAUAAUUGAGCCAAAAAAGUGCUUUUGCAGAUUUGACCUUACAGGCACAUGUAAUGCAGAUGACUGUCAGUGGCAGCAUAUGAGAGAUUGCACCUUAAGUCGAAACACUUUGUUUCAAGAUAUCCUUUCUUAUAAUUUAUCAUUAAUUGGAUGUUCAGAGUCCACAUCUAGAGAAGAAAUCAGUAUUGCAACAGAAAAAUAUAUUGACAAGCUGUUUGGUGUAAAUAAGGACAGAAUGCCAACAGACCAGAUGGCUGUACUACUUGUAAGCAAAGUAAAUGAAAGUAAAAGCCACGUCCCUCCUUUUACAACUUUUAAAGAGAUACGCAACUGGAGACCUAGGCAACAAAAGUCUCAUGUUGACGAUGGCAGCAGCAGCGAUGAUGAAAGCCCAGAACUGGUUAAUUAUGAUCGUUGUUUGGAGCGUCACUGGAAAAAUAGCUCCUUGCUGGAUGCAUUUGUGACUCCUGAUGAUGUGCGAUACUUCACAAGUGAAACUGAUGACAUUGCCAAUUUGGAAGUUAGUGUCUCUGAAAGUUCAAGAGAUGUUCAGCUCUGGAUCAAGCUGGCAUACAAAUACUUGAAUCAGAAAGAGAGUACCCCAUCAGAAUGCUUGGAUUCUGCAUUAAACACUUUGGCCCGAGCACUUGAAGACAAUAGAGAAAAUUGUGAAGUGUGGUGCCACUACCUCAGCUUGUUUGCCAAACGAGGUACAAAGGAAGAGGUGCAGGAAAUGUGUGAGACAGCUGUGGAGUAUGCCCCUGACUAUAAAGUGUGGUGGAAGUUCUUAAACCUGGAAUCUUCUUUUGAUGGAAAGGACUAUGUUUGUGGAAGGGUGCUGCAAUAUCUCCUUGGUACAGUAGGGGGAGACAACAAAUCAGAGGUGUUGUCUUUUCAACUAUUGGAGUGCCUGCUGUAUCGUGUGCAGCUUAGUCUGUUCACCGGUCGACAGCUGCAUGCUCUGGCUAUACUACAGAAUGCUUUGAAAUCAACAGAUGGUGAAAGAAGCAUUGCUGAACACCUUCUUAUCAGCGACCGCUGCUUAGCUUGGUUGUCUUACAUUCACCUCAUUGAAUUUGGCUGUCUGCCAUAUAAACUGUAUGAUCCAGCAAAUAGCAACCCAUCACGCAUUGUUAACAAGGACCCUUUUUUAAUUCCAUGGCAGUCUGCAAGAGAUAUCAAAACGGAUCAGGAUAUGCUUUUUGCACUGUUUGAAGACGCUGUACAUGCAUGUACGGAGGAACACAUUCCUGCUGGAGAGAAGACUGCUGCUUGCCUUCCAAUUUACAGGAAUAUGAUUCUCUUAAAUCAGCUUUUGGAUAGGUGUGAAGCUGCAAUUCAGCUGUGUGAAAAGCUCCUGAUUGAUUGCCCUGUUUCUCAAAGCCUGCUGGAAACACUUGAAAAUCUUUAUGUAAAAAAUGGUGAAGGUGAUAAAGCAGCAGAGAUGUGGCACACAGCUUUUCGAAACUCCCCCCACAGUGGAGCAAUAUUUUACUCUGCUUGCAAGUUCCUUGUAUCACAGGGAAAAUCCAGUGCUGUCUCAGAACUGCUUCAAGAGUUUGUCAUGGCUUUCUGUGAAAGUUCAACUGAGAACUCUGUUAAUAUAUUAAGGUAUUUUUUAAAUGUGCCAGUGCAGUAUAACUUCAAAGCACCAUGUAUCAAAGAGCCAUAUAGCAGUGAGCUUCAAGCUCAAGUUCCCUACAUGUGGCUUAUCUACUGUUUAUGGCAAUCUGUGCAUGCUACCUUUGCUGAAGCAGCGGAUACUUUUGAAAGAGCCUUGGGUGUUGUGAUGCAGCAAGAAAUAGUGCAGAAACUUUGGCUGGAUUAUCUAAUUUUUACUAGCAGUAAACUUAUUGGAUCCAAAAACAAGACCCGAGACUUCAAAAUGUUUACAGAUCUACUGCAUAGGUGUUUGGUGACAGUGCCCACUCGAUAUACUGUCCCUUUCAGUUCGGCUGUGUAUUGGACCAACUUUGAGUUUCAUAGUAAGGUGGUAUCUUUCUAUUUAAGCUGUCUUCCCCAGAUGCAACAUUCCAAAGCUUUGGAACGGUUCAGAUACAUCAUGCCAACUAAUGUUGAACUGGCAUUAAGGUUUCUGCACGAGGAAUACACAGAGGGCAAUAUCCAGCACCUGAGAGUACAAGCUCGAAUGUUAACCAGCAGCAUCCCUACCUGUCUGACCACCUGGAAAAUUGCCAUUGCUGUUGAAAAUGAGUUGAAAGGGCGGGCAGAGGUCCGCCGUCUUUAUCGCCAAGCUCUACAGAAGCUGCCACUCUGUGCUUCAUUAUGGAAAGAUCAACUCCUGUUUGAAGCUUCAGAAGGAGGUAAAACUGAUAACCUGAGAAAGCUUGUUUCCAAGUGCCAAGAGGCUGGAGUCAGUCUAGACGAGCUUUUAAGUUUGAGCUCAAACAGAACGGAAGGAAAGGAUCACUGACCUACGGGUACAGUUAGUCCUCUGUCCCCUCCCCAAAAUAUCUUAACGGCUUAAGUAAAAAAAUUUUCUCCAUGGAGAGAGAGAAAAAAAUUCUAGUGUCUGCAAGAUGCAGAUGCAAGUGUCGCUCCUCCCCAGUUCAGUGUUCUUUCCUGACGCCAGGGAACAUUUUCUGUUCAAGACAUCCAAGAGCCAAGGCUAAAGAACUCCUCCUGCUUGGCCUAAAUCUGGGCACUUUUAAGAAUCUUCUUACAUCAUGUACGUAAGUAUGGUUCUUCAGAAUGGCAGAUCUUAUUUUAUUUUUAUUUUUUUUUUCCUCUUUAUUUUUGUACUGUCAUUGAGU